GAAGCGCCAAUUGGAGGCCCUGCAUGCGUGUGUGUGGGUGUGGUUUUGAUUAUCGCUCGCCCUCCUGAGCCGUUCCACACAGGACCUUUGCCUCUCCCAUUUUCAUGGACCACAGACACACAUACACGCGCAUGCAGGAGCCAGUCAAUCAAUCGGCUGCCUUUCUUGACGACAGGACCCCUGUCGACUUCCGUUUUGCCCAACCCACCCCCACCAGUCCAAGAAGCAACCACAGCCAGUCGAGCGUCGGCGACACGAGAUUUCCAGAAACCCAAGCGUCUGGCCCCUUGCUCCAAUUCCCGACGCCCAAACUCCCACAAAAGCCCACACGCGCUGCGAGAACCCGCGCGUUUGAGUCCCGGCGAGGAGGGGCUGUGCACCACCGCACAACGUCUUGACGGGCGGCACAGGCCAGCGUCGGGCUGGCUGGUAGGCUGCCCGUUUGACGCUGCAAGGGUGAAUUGGCCGGCGGCAGCGGCAACGAAGACGGCCGAUCGGACCUGGAUGGAGGUUGAUUGGGGCUGCCACGAGAUGACUGAACAGAAACAAGCGCGCAGGAGGACAAAAAAAGACGGGCGGACAGCAGGGCCGAGACAGAAGAAUAAAGAAUCGCGGCCUUCGCUCUAUCGUGUCUGUGUUUGAGGAAAUGAGUUUCGACACCAUCUGCCGGACCUCCCUUUUUUUUUUUUUUUCCCUUCCCGACUUUGAGGAUUAAUCUAUUUACACUUGGAGCAACCGGUUUUGCAUCCAUCCCUCGAGUCUCGGGAUAGCAUUGAAAUCUGGACCGUUCGGCACGACUAUCUCGCACGUCACCAUACAACAGCGCAUUAUUGUUAUUAUUGAGUGGGCUGAGAUUUUUGCCUUGUCUUUUGUUGUGCCAUCGUUCGUUGACCGAAGCCGACGCACCUUGACGAGUCUCCCGUCCGCCCUUCUGCAACCUCGCAUAAUCGUCAAUUGUUUAUUUUGCAUAGACCAGUCCGGGACUGUCGAUUGCCUUACCUAUUCUUUUAAUUCGCAACCGAUUUUAAUCGGCCUCGUCCUGAGACGACCGACCCGCUCUCGACGCAGCUGUCCGAAAGCAACCACAACCAAAAAAUCAGCACUGAACCACAUCUUGGCGCCAACGUGUUCGUCCAUCUUGCUGCUUGUGACCUGGAAACGGUCAUCCGGCAUCACGACAACCGUCAUCGCCUCACUUGUUGAAAAAGGGACUCCUCGCCUCGUUGCACUCUUUCUAGGGUCUCUGCCGUGGCAGUUCGCACCAAUUUUUGCUCCCAGCUCUCCUUUUUACUACAACUCGCCUGGCUGCAAUCCCCAGUCCGCCCGCACGGCCCCUCUAAAAACAGCAUACGGCUGCACAUCCAGCAUCCCGGACCGUCGCCUCCCGGUGCAGGCCCCCGUCGCCCGCCCCAAAAAAGCACACGGCUCUUCUGGGGGUUCGCAAAUCAACUUGCCAUCCUCGUCCUCAACUGCCGGCUGCUUUUCGCCGCCCGCUAUUUUUGAGGUCGCCACAAGCAUCCUCUAGGGUCGGACUCGGCGGCAUUUCCCGGAUCCGUCGUUGUGUCUUGGCCUGGCUGCCUUUUCUUACUCGGGCUCCUUUGGACUUCCUUCGCUGGUGUUCCAGGCUCUCCUUUGCGCCCAAACAGUUGUGGUCGCGCCAAUUACUGGGACCUGCUGGCCUCAACUGCAGCUGCAGUAGCAACAGCAGCGCAAACAGCAAGCAGCAGCGGCCUCAAUCUUACUACGCUCGUGGGCUUCUUGACCAAGACAAAAGCGCUCGACUCUGCUUCGUGGCAACCAUCUCGUUUUGUACAAUCAUCACUACACCAAAACCAUCACCUUCGCUGUUUCCUGUCGCUUGCCUUUUGAAUAUCACGUGGGAAGACAUCGAUCCGACAACCUCCAUUGUUGCCCGACCCUAGCCAAUCGCUCGCCCCGAACGACAGCCGCUCAGCCACACAAAGCGUCCAGCGCCCAAACCCAGUCCAGAACCCCCCGCUUGACCCACGCCGCGUCAACCCGAGACUUUUGAUCGACUCGCGCUCGUUGCCACAAGGCCGCCGCGGAAGAAGCAUCAGCUACGUCCCUCUAGCCUGCCUGCCCUGCCAGCUUCGCAAGUGUUGCGCCCAGAGAUCCUGCCCGGGAGUUCCAGGCCGUGUUCUUUGUCAUCCAAAAACGCCGGCCCAAGCCCCCCCCCAAAACACACACCUCUCUCGAUCCCGCGAUCCCCGCGAUCCCGAGAUUGAUCCAGGCCCCUUGACUGAUUUGACUUCUUGCCCUGGGCGAACGAAAACGCCCCUCGCCAAAAAAAGGAAAAAAAAAAAAGCCAGGUCCGCACUAUUAACCACAAACCUAUCCAGCGACAGCCUGUGCAACACCAGGCACCGUGAAGAGACCGGCCCGUCCAUCUGCCGGCCUUUGACUUUUUGUCCUGUGAAAUAAGACCCCGGCCCGCCAACGUCACGCCUUACAUUCAGCCUCGUGGUCUCCGGCGUCAGCAAGUGACGAAUCCCAGCUGCCUCUUUGAUCCAUUCCAAGCCUUUGGGUUGAGAGACAAGGCCCCAUUUGAGUGCCAGCGCCACCCCACCUGCCACCCAACCCUGCCAGAGCAUUUUGUCUCUUGCCCCCCUCCCAUUCCAGAGCCCACGCCUCCCUUUCCCCAGUUUUCCGAACACGCCCAUCCCGCCCCCUGCUCCCUGCAGCACCCCCCCUGCACACUCCCUGCCAGCCCGACCCCACGCCCCUCCUCGGCACGCCUCCCCCCCUUGACAGCCCACAAUUGGACUUCGCCGCGCCGCUUGAAUAGACGGGACAAAGCGCAAGCAAGCAAGGCCAUUCUCCUCUGCACACAAAGGGCCUCGACUGGAAGAAACAUAAAGGCGAUAGAUUCCUUUGACUUUCCCAUCCAAUCUCAUUUCCAGCCUCAUCCUCAUCCGGACAGACAUUCCCAUUCAUUCAUCGCUUCUUGUUUAUCAUACAACAAGAUCUUUGUCUGUCCACCUGGAGUACCUGCCUACCCCCGCAGAUACUUAUUCUCCCACCACCCAGACCUUCAGACAUGUCUGCAGCAACAGCAUCAUACUACAACAUGUCUUCCAGCGUCUACUCGUCCCAACUCAGCAACUACAGCAUGGAUCCGACUUUUACCCAGAUGAGCCCGGUGGAGCUCGACGCCGCUGCUCUCGACACCUUUGUUUACAGCCCCGUGACCGAAGCCAUGAUCGAGCACCUGGCCAACAGGACGAACGAGGUCAUCGCUUGUGACGCCCCGGCACCGUCCGGUAAGCGAUCGUCCGAGCCCGCUGAGGUCGACGAGGGCCCGAUCCCGACCCUCAAGGAGUUCAUCACCCACCUCGUCGUCUGCUCCAACGUGCAGGUGCCCACGCUCAUGUCCUCGCUCGUCUACCUGACCCGCCUCAAGGCGCGCCUGCAGCCCCACGCCACGGGUCGCAAAAGCACCCCUCACCGCAUCUUCCUGGCCACCCUGAUCCUGUCCGCCAAGUACCUCAACGACAGCUCGCCCAAGAACAAGCAUUGGGCCCGCUACACCUACGUCCCUGUCCUGACCCCGACCGAGGCCGGCUCCGGCAUCGUCGCCGACUUCAGCUUCCGGACCGCCGAGGUCAACGAGAUGGAGCGCCAGCUCCUCUCGCUCCUGUGCUGGGACCUGAGGAUCGAGGAGUCGGACCUGAUACGCGAGUUCGAGCCCUUCCUGGCCCCCAUCCGCAGGGACGCCGCCGACCGCUUCGCCCGCCGCCAGCGCCGCAAGUACGAGCAGGCCAAGGCUACCGCCGCCGCCGCCGCCGCCGAGCUGUCGUCGUCGCCGCCGAGCAGCAUCUACUCGGCCUCGACCCGCUCGGGCCGCUCCGACAGCAACGCCUCGGACGUGUCGGCCGCCAGCAGCAACGCCUCGGCCCGCUCGCGCUCCAUCUCGCCCUACCCGCCCAGCCUCACCUACUCGCAGAGCCCGUCCGACUCGCAGGGCGACUCGCCGCCCUCGCACAGCAGCCGCGCCACGACGCCCGAGGACCACCAGGCCCCCUCGUACGUCUACUGCGGCGCCGAGGAGGCCGUCGCCGACAGCCCCAGCUACCAGCAGAAGGCCGUCCCCGCCGCCGAGAAGCCGAGGCCUCACAUCUUCAACCGCCUGGCCGCCGCCUUCCAGUCGCGGUAAAGGGGGUAGGCCUGAGCAUGCACCCAUCUUUCCUAUGUCCUCGUCUUUUUCUUUUCCUUUGUUAUCUGUAGCGUUUUGGGCUCAGCGAAGGCGUUGGAGGGGUCACAAAGAGUUUGGACUUUGACCGCCACACAAAUUGGUUUUUUUUCUUUCUUUGCCUUAUUUUCUGCACUUUUAUUCGGCACACAUCUUCUUCUUUCAUUAACAUAUUAUCUCCCCAGGUUAGCGUCUCUCUUUUUUUUUUUUCGGAUUGGGUUGGUUUUUGGAACUGCGCAUAUAUCGGUGGCAAGUGUUUUUUUUAGCAUUUUUUUGGACAGUCUUUUUUUUUCUUUUCCUGGUGGGAUAUGUAUCCAGGCUUGGAUAUGGAGUUUUUGCGUUUUUAUUUUGGGCAUCUGGCGUUCUCUUGUAUUUCCCCUCUCACCUUUUGGCAACAAAAUUCCGAUUUCCUUUUGUUCUACAUUAUACCACUUUCCUUUGGUCUUUUAGGAUAAAACGUGUCAUUACGGGCGACGAUAAAGAAAGAAACAGUUCUUAUCUACAUACCAUUCAUUGCUCCUCAA